CGCAAACAGCCCGUCUUGACCGACGCUGCUGCAAUUCCCGCAACCGCCAACAAGCAAGCAGCACAGCAACCUGCACACCACCAGCCAGCAACCGCGGCAGGGAUGGCGACAGUGGUGAGGGUCAUCUCACCGUUCCACGCGGGCGUGGACCUUGCCGUCCAGCAGCCACAACAGGUGGAGCAGUCGUCUGUGCUGUGUGACUUGUCCCAAUCAGCAAACUUUGGCAAACACGUGGCAGUGGUCGGACCUGGCCUGCCUCCCGCUGCUGAUGACGAUGACGAGGCAGGUGCAACAGGUGCAAGCGGUGGUGUCGUCAUCAACCACUUUGUGUGGGUGCAACGUGAUGACGAGAGAGAAGAUGGCUGUGCUAGUUUACGCUGCCGUCGUGCACACGACGUGGACUUGGAGUUCUUUGGCAGCACCUCAACUGCGUACGGCACAAUCACCUUGUCCAAUCCGUGCGACGUAGCGUGCCCUUGGGAGCUUCACAUCGAUGCAACGCGCGUAUAUGCCACCAAUGUCCAUUUACAUCCUUCCCAAGGAACCCUCCAGCCUAGACAACAGUUGUGCGUGGAUGUAGUGGCUGUGUUGGCCACAGGUUCUUUCCAUUCCGCGCAGCCUACCCGUCCCAUGCACGUUGCGUCGCUGUCCUUGCACGUUCAAUCCCAGCGAGGGCAGAAACGGAGGACGGCGCAACAACUCCUGGAGUGCUAUGUGCGCUUUCAACCUCAUCCCAGACCUGUGCUGGCAGAAGGGUGCACAACCUCAGCCGCCGCUCUGUAUGCAUCAGAACGCCAGGAUGACGUCCUCAUGCACGUGCCUGCAGGCACACCCCUACCCCUUCGCGCCCAGCGCGGUGGCUUGAUCCAGCUGCACAGCCCUGCAAACCUUGGUGUGCAAAGUGCUGCUCUGCCGGCAUUCGGAAUACACCACAGCCAGCGGCUGUGGGUUGAUGCAGGCAAGGUUGCAAUUGCCCCUUCCACCCCGCUGACCGUGCGCUGCGGCUCCAUCCCCGUCACCGCCGCCACUGCGGCCGCCGCCUCGUCACCGGCACAAGUGCGUCAGUUGCCGCUGCUGCUGGCGUCCCACCUGGCCUUCCUGCACAGCCUGUGUGUAUCGUCUGCGCGGGCCACGCCGCACCGCCACAUGCAUCGGGUGCCGGCACAGCACUCACGCACGCCGAGCGACCCCGUGGCAGCCGAGGUCAGUGAGCUGGAGGCCGCGCUUCUCGUCGUCUUGGACCGCGUGCAUGCGCGUGCACGUGCUGAUACGCCCGCCCCUCCUCCUGUCCCAGCGGUCGUGCAACUCAACACAUGUUCGCCCCAGCAGCAGCCCACCGCCGUGCGCUUUACGUUUCCUUCCUGGUGCGCUGCGCACGGCAGCGCCAAUGGAGCGAGCGAUGCUGGCGAUGACAGUCAGCGUCGUGACAAUGUCGAAGGUAGUGGCAGCGACAAUGAUGGCGAUGAUGUCGCAAGUAGUGGCGGUGAGGGGAAGGCUGGCAGCAGGUGCAAUGCGCUCAUCGCAUUAGCACAGGCGUUGUCACGAGCGCGGAGAAGUGCACCGCUGUGCCGCCGCCUCUUUGGCCGCCGGCAUCGAGACGCUCAUGAUGCACACAUCAUCAACCACAACCAGCGUUUGGCGGCCCUCCUCACUCGCAUCUGCAGUGUCACCAGCGAGUAUGCAACACCACCAUCAUCACCAUCAGCAACAGCAGCAACAGCAGCAACGACAACAACAUCAGCGACAACAGCGACAACCACAACCGCACCACCACCAACAACAUCAUCAUCAUCAUCAACAGCAGCAACGGCAACAGCAGCAACAGAAUCGUCUCCAUUCGUGCUGCCUCCGCCAUCAUCACCGGCACCGUCAACCGCCACGAUGACCAGUCGCGGAGCACGUUCACCAGCAGAGCGAGCGGUUGACCAAACAUGGGGCCAAGCACUGCUGCGGCUGGCAGGCGAAGCGGUGGCGAUGGUGGAUGCCGGCAUUCACGUUCAUCGUGGCGUUCACGUGACGCGCGUUGGAGCGAAGGUGGGUGCUACCCAGGAACAAUCGUGUGAUGGCCAAUGGAACGGCACGACCGCAACGGGGCAUGAUGAUGUUGAUGAUGACCAUGAUGAUGAUGUGGAUGAUGACCAUGAUGCUGGUGGUGGUGAUGACCUCGAUGACCACCAUGACGAUGAAGGAAAAGGGGGUGGAGACGGCCGUUGUGAUGACGAUGCUGGCCCCGCCAAUUUCUCGUCAGACGAUGAUGGCGACACGACAAGGCAGCCGUCGUACCUGGCGCCUGUGCACCUGCAGCAUCCACUCGGCCUCUUCAGCAGUGGCGGUAACCGCGGCCAAGACGCGAUAAACGCCGCCCACCAGCAGCGGCUGCACCGCCUGUUGUCGCGGUUCCACAACCCAGACGACAUCUCCGCAUGCUUGGAGGAAACACCGGGCUCGCACCGCUGGCGGCAGGACAGUCUCUUCUCCUUCUGCUUUUGCUUCUGCUGCGUCUUCAUCGGCAUCUUCUUCAUCAUCAUCAUCAUCAUCAUCAUCAUCAUCAUCAUCAUCAUCAUCAUCAUCAUCAUCAUCAUCAUCAUCAUCAUCAUCAUCAUCAUCAUCAUCAACAUCGUCUGCGCCGUCGCCAUCGUCGUCCUCAUCAUCCAAGCAACGUUGGUUGUCCCUUCAACUGCAGCCAGCACCGCCGCACACCCGACAGUGGGCCCUGCCCGUGGGUGCAGGGAGUGUUGUGCACAUGGAAGGCGCGCCACACGGCGCCAUCGUGCACACCGCAUCAGGGGCUGUGCUCGCAUGUGCGUGGAGCCACCGCUGUCAGAAAAGGGUGUCACCCGUGCACAUGCGAAGGAUUGA